GGUUCUGGUAACAUUUAGUGUGAAUCUGCGGGAUUUCGUAGUUGCUUGCGGCCGUACUCGUUGCGAUCGUUGGCACGGACAAUUUACUUGGUACUGAACUGUCGCACUCUUGUUUUGACGGUCGCAGACGCGCUUUGAGCGUUCUAGCCUGUCUACUUUCUAGCGACCUGCUUGCGAUCACUUUCGUCAAAGCCAGUGAAGCCAUAGCGGCAUCAUCGCCAUUCGUCGCGUCUCCUCUGAUCCGCGCGCUACGUCAACGUCGCCGACAUGAACGCACCUCCGGCAUUCGAGUCGUUCCUUCUGUUCGACGGUGAGAAGAAGGUGACCAUCGAGAAGGACACGAAGGUGCCCAACGCGGCCAUCUUCACGGUCAACAAGGAAGACCACACGCUUGCCAACAUGAUCCGCGCUCAGUUGCUCAAGGAUCCGUGCGUCCUCUUCGCCGGCUACAAGGUGCCCCAUCCGCUGGAGCACAAGUUCAUCCUGCGCGUCCAGACCACGCCGGACAACACACCGCAGGAGGCCUUCACCAACGCCAUCACCGACCUCAUCAGUGAGCUGUCCUUGCUCGAGGAGCGCUUCAAGGAGGCCGUGCGAGAGAAACACGAUGGCCUGGAGUAAAUUAGGACUUGCUCUUCGCUGGUUCCGUCCACUUCUUUCUUCUUGUGUACUGUAUGUAGGCGCAGUUUUAUGUUUUCUAUGCGCGUUUCAAGUUUUUCCAACGAAGUCAGUGAGUGCUCGUUCAACGCCGCGCGAGAGCAGCCUCUCUUUGGCGAGAACUCUUGCGAACGUGCUCUGAAUGUUGCCAGCUACUCCACCGAGGCUGGAUUUGCCUGUAGCUUGCGUUUGUUCUUCAAUCUCCUUUGUUUCAUGUCAUUCAAGCUUGAUGGAUUGCAUGAGCAUGAAGUUCAUUUUUGGGAUACCCUCUGUCGGCAGUAUUUCACGUUCAUUUAACAUUGUCUGGCUGAUAUAUAAUGUUGCCUAGUGUUAGAUAACUAAGUAAUAUGGGUUGCGGACUCUACAACCAGAAAUAAAUUGCUUCGCCUUGUAGCUAACGAGCUUGAAUGAAUUAUUUCCGAGCUCCUGGUGGUUUUGGUUCUGCCAGCCAUUUUGAAAAUUGGAUUAAAUGUUUGUUCGCAGUCCUUGAAACAGAAUACCAAUAUUCUCUUAACUGGCUUUUCAGUUUUGCGAAAAAGUAAAUAAACCCAAGCUUGUGUUUUGAGGCA